CCUUUGACGUCUCUCGUUCUCCUCCAAACAAGUGACAAGUGACUUUUUUUCUUUGUGUAAAAUUAAAAUUAUUGGAAUUCAUAUGAAUUAUAAAAUCAAGUGUGAUAAAAUGGAAAUGGAAGUAAAACAAGAAAGUAGCGAGGAAACAUGUAAAAUAGAAAUAGAGUAUAAUGACUUGGAUGAUGCCCUUUUAGAAUGCUUGAAAUGUGAAAUUAAGGAUGAAUCUAAUAGGCAGGACGCAUAUGAUUCUUUGGAUUUAAAGAAAUGUCCCAUAAAUACUGAAAUAGAGCAACAUGGAAGUAAACUCGACCCAUUUGAAGAAGACCAAAAAACUGAAAAAGGUUAUUUCCAAAAUGAAAACAAAAUGGAGAUUAUGGAGAAACUCGUUGAAGAUUCGUCUUACCAAGGAAAUGAUGUAACUCGACAUACUCAAGGGAAAACAUUAAAUAAAAAUAUGACAGUUGUGACUGGCGAUAGGUCUUAUAAAUGUGAAAUUUGUUUUAAGCAAUUUAAUAGAGAAAGUUCUCUCAGACAGCAUUUAAAAACACACACUGGAGAAAAACCUCACAAAUGUGAAGUUUGUUUUAAGCAAUUUAGUCAAGCAGGUAAUUUGAAAAAACAUUUGAAAGUGCACGCUGGAGAAAAAUCACACAAGUGUGAAAUUUGUUUUAAGCAAUUUAGUCAAGCAAGUACUUUAAAACAGCAUUUAAGAGUACACACUGGAGAAAAACCUCACAAGUGUGAAAUCUGUUUUAAGCAAUUUAGUCAAGCAGGUAAUUUAAAAGAACAUUUGAGAGUGCACGCUGGAGGAAAACCGCACAAGUGUGAAAUUUGUUUUAAGCAAUUUAGUCAAGCAGGUCAUUUGAAAGAACAUUUGAGAGUGCACACUGCGAAAAAACCUCACAAGUGUGAAAUUUGUUGUAAGCAAUUUAGUCAAGCAGGUCUUUUGAAAGAACAUUUGAGAGUGCACACUGGGGAAAAACCUCACAGGUGUGAAAUUUGUUUUAAGCAAUUUAGUCAAGCAGGUAAUUUGAAAGAACAUUUGAGAGUGCACACUGGAGAAAAACCACACAAGUGUGAAAUUUGUUUUAAGCAAUUUAAUAGAGUAAGUACUUUAAAAGAACAUUUAAGAGUACACACUGGAGAAAAAUCUCACAAGUGCGAGAUUUGUUUUAAACGAUUUACUCAAGCAAGUGAUUUAAAAAGACAUUUGAGAGUGCAUACUGGGGAAAAACCACACAAGUGUGAAAUUUGUUUUAAGCAAUUUCGUCAAGCAGGUACUUUAAAACAACAUUUGAGAGUGCACACCGGAGAAAAACCUUACAAGUGCGAGAUUUGUUUUAAACGAUUUACUCAAGCAUUUAAUUUAAAAAGUCAUUUGAGAGUGCACACUGGAGAAAAAAUACCCAAGUGUGAAAUUUGUUUUAAGCAAUUUUAUAGAGUAAGUACUUUAAAAGUGCAUUUAAGAGUACACACUGGAGAAAAAGCUCACAAGUGCGACAUUUGUUUCAAGCAAUUUAAUAGAGUAGGUAAUUUCAAACAGCAUUUAAGAACGCACACUGGAGAAAAAUCUCACAAGUGCGAGAUUUGUUUUAAACGAUUUACUCAAGCAAGUGAUUUAAAAAUACAUUUGAGAGUGCAUACUGGGGAAAAACCACACAAGUGUGAAAUUUGUUUUAAGCAAUUUCGUCAAGCAGGUACUUUAAAACAACAUUUGAGAGUGCACACCGGAGAAAAACCUUACAAGUGCGAGAUUUGUUUUAAACGAUUUACUCAAGCAGGUGUAUUAAAAAGUCAUUUGAGAGUGCAUACUGGGGAAAAACCACACAAGUGUGAAAUUUGUUUUAAGCAAUUUUAUAGAGUAAGUACUUUAAAAGUACAUUUAAGAGUACACACUGGAGAAAAAACUCACAAGUGCGACAUUUGUUUUAAGCAAUUUAAUACAGCAGGUAAUUUCAAACAGCAUUUAAGAACGCACACUGGAGAAAAAUCUCAAGUGCGAGAUUUGUUUUAAACGAUUUACUCAAGCAAGUGAUUUAAUAAGACAUUUGAGAAUGCAUACUGGGGAAAAACCACAGAAGUGUGAAAUUUGUUUUAAGCCAUUUAGUCAAGCAGGUCCUUUAAAACAGCAUUUAAGAGACACACUGGACAAAAACCUCACAAGUGUGAAAUUUGUUUUAAGCAAUUUAGUCAAGCAGGUAAUUUGAACUAACAUUUGAGAAGGCACACUGGAGAAAAACCAUACAACUGUGAAAUUUAUUUUAAACGAUUUAAUGUAGCAGGUACUUUAAAAAAGCAUUUAAGAACACACACUGGAGAAAAACCUCACAAGUGUGAGAUUUGAUUUAAGCAAUUUAUGCCCGGUUGCACCAACAGAUCUUAGGCGAGAAUAUCAUAAGAAUUAUUAUAAUAUAUUACAAUAAGAAUACCAUAAUAUAAUAAUAGAUAUAAUUGAUAAUAAGGAAAGAAUCUAAAAUUAUGGUGCAACGUAAGUGAUAUUCAAGGAGACCCUAUCUAUAAGUACAGGCCGACAGGGAUCUCGUGAAAUAAAGUUGUCACCGCGCAUAAAACUGGGUGGAAAGUGGGGGUUUAGCCACGUCCAGUAAAGGCAUUCGUGCGUCAGACGUUCUACUGUGAGCUAUUCGAUAUUUUGACAGUGUUGCAUUAUUUCUUUUCAUUUUAGUUUUACUCGUUUUAUGCAAAAGUUCUUUUGAAAACUCUGAUAAAAUUAAAAACUGUAAAGAUAAGUAGAUAAAUUGUAAUACAUUAUAUACAUAUUAUAUUAAUAAAAAUCAAAUGUAUUUCUUUUCUGCAUA